AUGGCCAGUGGCAGCACCUACGAGCUUCUCCACCUCAGCCUGCGCGCGCCGUCGCCGUCUCCGACGUUGUCGCCGGCCGUGCUCAAGGAGAUUGACGAUGCCGACGUCCCCUUCUUCAUGACGGGCAUCUUCCUCCCCCACGCCAUCUGCACACUCUUCAUCCUCGCCCGCGUCGUCAGCCGUGUCUGGGUCAUACGCAAGUGGUACAUCGACGACACCCUUAUCUUCCUCGCGUGGCUCUUUUCCUCGGCCCUAUGCGUCGUGUAUGGCAUCACCGCAGCGACGCCCUGGCUUCUUGGUGCGCCUCCAGAAGCGGCCUCGGAGGAGAUGGACGUGAACCCGUACAUCAUGCGCACCUACCUCGGCCUCAUCUACUACCAGCUCUGCCUAUGCCUCACCAAGCUCUCCAUCCUCGCUUUCUACCUGCGCAUGUUCGCCUGCCGCCCGACAGAGCGCUACCUGGCGUGGGCCGCCAUCGUCUUUGUCUUCAUGUACAGCGCACCGAUGCUGCUCAUGAGCUUCUUGCAAUGCCACCCCGUCCGGGGCCAGUUCUUUGGUCAUCCGAUGGUGUGCUUCGACUUCCCGGAUUUGCUCAUCUCGAGCGCAAGUCUGCACUCGGCAACAGACGCCUGGCUGAUCAUCAUGGUCAUCCCCUGCGUCAUGAGGCUGGACAUCCCCCGUCGGCAAAAGGUUGCCCUUGGGCUGGUGAUGAGCAUGGGCAUCUUCGUCAUUGCCGCCAGCAUGAUCCGGCUGCAGCUCAGCCUGCACCUGCACUAUCAGCCAAACAGCUCCGCGGUCAGGAACACGCUGGGCUUCUUCGUCAUGACGGUCCUCGAGUGCGACAUUGCCCUCAUCUGCGCCAGCGCGCCGACGCUUCGGCCGCUGCUGGCGAGGGUGUUCUUUGGGGGGUCGAGCUGCAACGCCAAGAGGAAGUCGUUGGAGGCCAACACCGCCGACAGUUUCGACUUGACAAGUCUGACGUACCACGGGUACCCGUGGGCGACCACGAGCACGUCUGUGACAGGAAGCAGAAACGCCAGCGUCGCCAGCCACCUGAACAAGCUACGGAUGCCGGCGCCGCCAGCGCCGGUUCGUCCGAUGGCUCAACGCCCGCCGCGUCCGCCGACGACGCUGCACUUUGGGGACAUGAUUGUGGGCACGGCGCCGCGGGGCAAAGGGUGCCCAUUGAUGGAGGACACGCGGCCCAUGUUGAACGAGACGUGGGAGAUGAAGCGCAGUUCGUCCAUCUACUCGCAGGAUUCGGCAUGGGACGGUCCCCGCGAGUACGAUUACGAGAAGGGUGCCAUCCUCAAGACGAUGAGGCUGAGCCUUCGCUCCGAGUACAUAGCACAGAAUGACGUUAGGUUCAAGAAGAAUGAGCCGCUGAAUAUCAACCGUUGGAGUCCGACAUCCGGGCUCAGCGGAGAUACCUGGGCCGCGGAUAGAAGCAGCUCGGGCACAAAUAAGGAGGGCAUGGAGAGGAAAGUGUGGGCCGAUAUACCCCGGGAGGAGGAAGACGGCAAGCCCCAAAUCCCCCUGCGAAGCCCGUUGAGGGACAGUCGAAGAUAA